AUGAGGAAGGAAAACAUGGAUGACCUCGAAUCUGGAGCUAUAGAAAACAUCCACCAUUAUCUGAAGGAAUGUCUGGACAGAAACAACUUCAAGGUCAAUCCGGCGGGGGCACAAAGAGACAUAAACGAUGUCUCACUCAUACACAGCUCAUUAAAAAAGUAUAUCGUGCGAUUAGCAAAUAUAAACAAUUUCAUCAAGCAAGAAAACUACUUUUUGAAAAAAACAAAUGAGCAACUGGUUAGGAAGUGCAACGAAAGGGAUGCAUGCGGUUUUUACAAAAAUGAAAAAGGGACUCACAGGGUGCAUAGAAGGCAUGGGCCGCUCGAGACGCACGGGACGCAUACCAUGUGUAUGAACGAAAUGCAUAAAUUGAGUGACGAAAAUGAGUUUAUAAAAUACAAAUAUGAACAAAUGCUGCGGCAAAACCUCUCGCUGCAAGAAAAUAACGCCCAACUGAACAACACGCUGUUAAACAGGGACAAAUACGAACCACACACAAAUGAGGGAAACGGAAAAUUGAAAAUAGAAAAUGGAUUUCUAAGCCAAAGCCUCAACCACUUAUUGCCACAUCAAGAGGAAGGACGAAACAUGUUGAGAAGCAGAAAUGAAAAGGGCGGCGAAACAAAACCAGCUGAGGUAAACUACAUGACGUUUGAAGGAAAAAUAAAUAGAAUCCUCAAAUGUACAAAAAUUUUGGAAGAAAUUUUAGACAUCCUUAACAGCAAUUUGAAAUAUGAUGAACCACUUAUGUUCCAAAAGAAGAUGAACCUGAUGGAAGUAGAAAAAGAACAAUUAAUAAAACAGAAUGAUUUUUUAAAAGAAAAAAUUUUACAAAUAGAAACCUUCAUUUUGAAUGAUCCGUUUUUAGUGGAGAAGUUCAAUUUCUUCUACGAUUCCACUUCUAUCAAUAUUGACCCCUGCAUAAGGGAUAACAUCGAGUUGUACAAAAAUAAUAGCAUAAAAAGAAUGUUUCACAAUUUGCGAUGCUCGCAAAGUACAAAUGCAGACCUAAAACAACAGUUAUUAAGUGAAAAGAAAAAAUCACAUAUUUACCAAUCAUACAUAUAUGACAUGAGAGAGAAGUUAAAAGAUGAUCUAAAUGAACUGUUCAGCUUGAAUAGAGAUCAAAAUAUGAACUACCAUAAUUUGAAUGGAUGCGAUGAUUCGAUCCGCCAUUUUAGUGAAAAGGACAGUUCAUCCCCGUGGAACAUAUUCUAUGAGGCUGGCAAUAACGGGGACGAACUUGUCUCAAGGAAGGAACACCAAAAAUAUUACAACUACCUGUCUGAUUUUAGCACACCAAAUUUUUACCGCAUGUGUAAAAUAAAUAGCUCCAAAAUUGAUCAUAACGAGCAAAUGUUGACCCAAUCGUGGAACCGGAUUAGGGAGCUGGACCAGGACGCCGGUUGCUUCGAGAAAAGGAAAUAUGAACAGAUCUUCAGACAAGACGAACACGAUGCCAGUGUGGCCGAGCUCGAAGGUGACAUGCAAAAUGAAGUAUACUACUUUAGAAUAAAAAAAUUAAUAAGCAUGAGGAAGCAGGAACUAGAUCGAAUGAUGCAAUCGGGAGGACGCCAACUGGCUAGCCAAAAAAAAAAAGAGGACAGCAACAAAUUGAAGAACGAAUUGUAUUUAAAUCGUGUGGAAUACAAGGAGGCACUGCGUGAAUGGUUAAGAGGGCAGGAACAAAAAUUACAAACAAGUGACAAUCCUAGGAACAACCUCCUCUGUGGGAACAAAAAUAUUGACCAAUUGAACCUCUACAUUAAGCGAAAAAUCAUUUAUCAGUUCGUAAAAUACAAACACAUCUACGAGUAUUUCGUACAAAAUGAGAGUGUAUGUAAAAACCAGAUAAGCAAAGACAAAUUUAUUAAUUUUUUUAACAAGCACAUUUUAAAUGUCCAACAUGGUGACACUGCACAGUGCGCUAAUAAAGGGACUCCAGGAAAUGGAAAAAGGGGAGUCACUAAAUCGUGCCAGAAGGGGAAAAGGCUCCAUGAAGAUGAGGCCAACCAAAAAAGGGGAAGUGCUUAUGUGGAGGAGGACAGUACUCAGUAUCAUGACGUUACAUUAGAGGAUGAUGCAAGGCGGGGAAGUCACCAUUCUGAGGAGAGCACCCUCAGGAGUGAUCACCCUGGUGAGAAGCGGGCCGAAGCCACAGGGAGCAAGGAGGGGGAUGCCACAAGGGAAAAAAAGAGGGAAUCCAAACGGGAAAGACAGCGGGAAAUAAAAGAAGUGCAGGAGAAGCAGAGGAAAAUAAAAGCAGAAAUGGAGAAUGAGAAGCUGAGGAAAAUGGAGAGAAAAAAGCAGAGGAAAAUGGAGAAAGAAAAGCAGAGGAAAAUGGAGAGAGAGAAACAAAGGGAAGAGGAACGAGCGCGCAAAGUGCAAGUAGAGCGAACGAGCCAAGUAGACGGAGACCCACCCACCAAUGAGAACCAAGCGGGCGAAGAGGAAAACCAAAACCACCGAGAGAUGGAAAUCGAAAUGGAAAUCGAACCGAGUGAUAAGAGCCAAGAGGAAAACAUGAAGAAGGAAAAUUUAAAAAAAAAUGACGAUAUCUCAGAAAAAUUCUACAUGCGAGAAGAGCAUCCCAGGAGACAUGACUCCUCCCUAGGGGUGUUAAUAAAUACUAUUAAAAAUAUAGACAAAAAUAAAAUGGAAAAAAAUAUGACCAGUAAAAAUGUAGAAGGUUUGUUUUCUCCUACCCAUUCGAUGAAUGAACGGAGUCGAAGUAGUCUUAUUGGGGAGUCUCCUCAAAAGGAGAGGAGAGCAUCGAAUGUGAGUAAAAAGGAUAGCAGCCAAGGUAGCGUAGAGUCCAUAAAGUCAAGUAAGUCAUUCGAUGUAGAACCCACCGAAGGAAAAAUGAACCAAAGUGAAGAAGAAGCAAAUGAUCGUGAAGAAUUCAGUUUAGGCCACGCCGAAUCAGAUGCUACAAACUCAGUGGAUGCGGAAGAUGGGAAGAAGAAGCAAUUUUUUAAUUUGUCAAGUGAACCGGAGAAGGAGGAUCACAUGGGGGGAGAAGAUAACCCAGAGGAGGAUAUCAAUCAGGGUGGAGGUGAAAUGCGCAUAGGUGCGGUGGCGCAAGUUUCAGAGCGGCUAAGCGUUGAGGACAAGAUUAUCGUCAGCGGUUCGGUUGCCCUAGACGAUAUUAGGAGGAUAAACACCAUGAGGGGUGCGGGCGCGUUAGAAUUGAUACAGCCGGAGGGGGAUGCGCAAAUGGGAGAUGGCGAAAGUGCACCGGAGGAAGAUAGCGAUGGGGGGGAGCCACAAAAAGAUGACGUUCUAGAGGAUCCUAAUAAAGAGUGCGACCAAAAUGAACUCGCCAAAAAUGAUGAUCAGGGUGGAUCUCUCGAAGACCGUGAAAGCACGCACAGUAGCCGUGCAACCGACAAGAGUGAGGAACCACCCCUUAAGCCGUUCCACAAUGAGAAUUUCCUCGAAUCGGGGAGCGAAUAUUCCGAACAAGAUCUCUUCGACAACAACAAAUAUGCUAAUGUAAAAAUUCAGGCGUUCAGACAGAUACUUCAUGUUCACGAUAAAAAUGUGUACACCUUUUUCAUGAACCUAAUUGUGCAUAGCAAGAUUAACCUAGUGAGGGAUUACAAAAAUAAAAUUUUCAACGCCAAGGUAAUGGCAACAGAUAUAUUAGAGUACCUUUUAAAAAACUACUUCGAAGCGGAUAAAUUUUCUGUCAAGGGGAAAGUGAAAAAAGGAGGUUCACAGAAACAAGUACACCUAAGCCAAGUGGAAUUAAAAAACAUUAACGAGUACAUAUGCAAUAACAGUAAUAGCUCUUCUCUAAAAACACUAUACCACAAGAUUCUCUUUUUGAAUAAUGAAAAUUACGAAAGUUUUAAAAGUCGUCUUCUGGAAGGUGGGGUGAUAAACCUAAUUAACCUUUUCCACGAUGAAGACAUUAACAACUUUGACAAAAUUUUCGACGUCUCUUUUGUUAAUUUCUGUGAUAUAGUGGGAAUAUCAAAAGACACAUGCACAUACCAUUUUAACUGCAUGGACAAGAACUACAAGGGGAAGAGAUACAUUUAUUUAAAACACAUAUUUCGCUAUCUGGAGGUGGAAAGGGAUAUGAAAGACGACUUACAUAAAUACAACUUUAUUUCCAUGCAGAAAAAAAAUUUAAUUUAUAUUCAUAUCAACGAAUCUUUUGAUAACUUAAAGACCUUUUUCAAAUCUGUGGAGAAGAAAAAUAACUUGUACAUCAGCUUGAACGAGUUUAUUUAUUUCUUUUCUGAGAAUGAGAAAAUGGAAAAGUACUGUUACUCCCAGGAGGAUGUAACUUGCUUGUACUACUCUAUCCUGUUUUAUGUGUACUACACGAAUAAGAACAAGGUAUUGCAGACGUUAGAAUUUUGGGGGGAGCCAAGCGGGGGGGAAGAAAAUAAUCCUCAAAAGACGGGCCCAACUCAGAAAAAUGAUUAUAACAAAAAUGAGCUACACAGGGCACCCGCUUCCGUCGCUGUAAACCCCCUUGUUGACCAAACUCGAGAGAACAGAUCACCCCCGGAUGAUGGAUACAAUUAUGUUAAUCACAAUUUGUCUCUCUACAAGGAGUAUUUUUCUUUGGACGAUUUCAAUUUUGCCAUCGAGUUGAAGGAUUUGUACUUUUAUUUUGAGGGCUUUGAGUGCCCCUUUUCUAAAAUAAAACGGAGGAUUUUGGAAAUUUACGGAUCAGUGAAAAGGGGAUUGAUAAUCAACCACGAGACUUGCAACAGCGAGAGGGAUGAAGAUGACACGAGCAGCUCCCAGAGCGAUGAGGAGGAGGCGGCAGAUCUGGACGUGGAUCUGCAGCUUGACUCCUUCCAGUUGUUCACCAGGCAUAAGUACAGGUACAAGCACUCCGACCGGGUUUGCUUCUACGAGCGGAAGGUGAGCAGCUUGGCCAAAGUGGAUAGGGAAGUCGAACCGGACUCGCUGGAAGACGUGGGCACAAUUCCCCCAAUCAGCAAAAAAAUCUUCAUGUGCCUAAUGUACAACAUAGGAAUACAUGUAGACCACUGCCUGGCUUUAUGGAAGAGCUUCGCCCCCUUUCUGGAGUACGACAAGCUGGACUACAAAGUAUUCUGUGGGUUCUUAAACGGGAAAAUAACCGUAGGGAGCCACGAAACGGAGGAAGGCAUAAAAGAAAUUAAAACCAAGCUAAUAAACACCAAGGAAGAGGAGGAGGCGGAUUCCAUAUGCAUCCACAAAAACAGGCUGCGAGGAACCAUCUGCCCUCGCUUACUAAACAACUUAAGCGAAAAGGAUUCAACACAGCCGCUCACAGUAGACGAAAUAGAGGUUCUGACGCAAGUGUUGAAUCAUGUCACCCCUUUCAACUUUUUGGAUAAAAAUGAAAUAAAAAAUUUCAUACAAAAGUUAAAAAAAAAAUGUUUUAAAGAGGGCCACGAUUUUGUAUCCCUAGGGGGGGAGAGAGACAUAAAAAUUGGAAAAAAAGAGGAAAAGGAAAUAUCAUACGGGGAAACAACAGGCAAUUCUUACCAAAACAACACCAUCGUUAUCCUGUUGAACGGAAUUUUAAGACACACCACGGAGCCUAACUCCUUCAUAAACAGCAUCAACGUGAUCGACAGGGCCAACGUGCGCUCCUACACGGCACACACAAAUGUUGCUGUGAUUGAGAUAAAUAAGGAGCUAUAUACCAGCGACUUUGUAAAGCUAGUGGAACAGAAAAGAGAAGUUUCAGAAGAAUUUAUGAGCAUUAUCGAUGACGUACCCAUCAUCAGAAAUUUACCAGACGCCUUAAAGAAAAGCUUAUCCAUGAAUGUUCAAAAAUGUACAUAUAAAAAAAAAAAAGUUAUUAUAAGACAGCAUGAUGAUCCUACCCAUUUUUACAUAUUGAAACAAGGGGAAAUACAUUUCUACUGUAACAGUGUGAUGAGCACCCCGGUGAGGGUCAUUUCUAGAUGCUCCUUUUUUGGGGAAGUAGCCCUCAUAUUUAACACUCUGAGAACGUGCGACGCGGUGGUCGAGUCAGAUGUAGCUCACUGCUACUGUAUUUCGAGAGAGUACUUUCUUUCCCUCUUGAAUAAACAGAUCGUGAAAGAAUUCGUGGAAUAUUUCCGAACCAAUUACACGCAUGGCAUUCAGCACAUCAUUAAGAAUUACUCAAGUGGGAACAUAGCAGCGGAAGGGGCGACGCUUCAGGUAGACAACAAUGGAGAGAAUCGCCCCAACGCAGGAAACAUGCUGCAGAAGUUACCCUCCGAUGGAGACAAAAUGUUGAUUGAGGUCAAACGGUCGAGUUCAAGAAAAUACACAAAUCAGCUCUCCACAGUUGGUAGCCUAAAUAGAGACUUCUCCUCAGUAACCCUCUCAGAAGACAACAUCACGUUGGAUGUAGAAUACAUCAACAAAAGCAACAUGACCUCAUUUUACAGUGACUUGGAUAAAAUUUUACUAAAAUUUUUCAACACAGAACAGAAAUAUUUUGUGGAAGAAAUGGAAUCCCAUUUGAUGAAGGUUAAGGUAUUAAAAAAAGUCCUAAACAAAAUGAAGGAUAAAGAAACAUUUCUUAAGAAUCUCAAGUGGGAAAAAUGUCCCAAAGGAAAGCACCUUAUAUUGGAAGGGGAUUUGUUUGACAAAUUUUACUUUGUUAAAGAAGGAGAGAUAUCCGUACAGCAAUUUAAUCAGUACAAAAAUGUGUAUGAGGAAAUAUCCACAGUUAGGCAAAAUCAAUAUUUUGGUCAUCAGUUAAUUUUGAAUAAGACAAAGUCCUCCUUCAUUGCAGUGGCCUCCGUAGACACAGAAUUGUACACGUUAGAAGCAUCCUUGUAUGAGAAGUUCCUUGCACCCUUCAUCGACACACUCAACAAAAAAAAUGAUAUUAAUCACACUGAUGAGCUAACAAAGAGUAUAAACAACCAGGUGAUGAUGAAGAAGGACAACGACUUUGUAAUAAAAGUCAUAAGAAUUCUAAAGAAGGUAAAUGUGCUUCAGAAUUUAAAUAACGACCAGAUGUACAAUGGUGCGAAACAUUUCAAUUUUAAAUUUUUCAGAAAGGGAACAAUCAUAAUAAGGCACAACGACACCCCUGACCAUUUUUACAUAAUUAAAAAGGGAAUCGUGUCCGUUAAGGUGGACGACAAAGAGGUGGAAGAUGUUCAGCAUAUGAACAAUUUGCACAAUACGGAUAACAACCAAAAGGAAGAAUCUACACACAGGGGUGGAAGAACAAAAUCUGUGUACUUGUACAAGUACGAUUACUUUGGAGAAUUGUCCAUUAUAAAUAAUCAGCUGAGAACAGCUACCUGUGAGGCUCACACGAAUUGCUUCCUACUAGCCAUUGACAAAGAUUCCUUUAUUGAGCACUUUGGAAUAAUAUUUAAUGAGCUGCUACAGGAAGCUGAUGUAAGGUACACGAAGAAUUACAGCCUGCCGCCGUGGCUCAAGUCCAUGUAUGGUAAUGGUGAGUUUAACGAGGAUAUGCACUCUGUGUCGAUGAAGAUCCCGGAACUCGGAAGCUCCCUCAGCAGCAUUUCAGACGAUAACAACGAGAUGUUCAGUUUCGAGAAAGAGAUAAAUGCCAAGCUGAAGAAGGAGAAGCGCAACAAGAAGAAGAGAAACCUAAAAGGUCGUAACGCAAACGACGAAGACACGGAUGACCGCCCCCAUGCGGAAAAUGAAAACGAAGUCGAACAUGGAAGCUCCAUAAACCUCUCCACCAACCGUAGCCUAAGCAUUGUGAGCAACGAAGACAGGAUUAGCAAAAUUAAGGAGGAGAAGAAGCAAGAAAUACAAGAAAUUAAGCUUAAAGAAUUGAAGGUGUUCGAACGGAUAAAACGGAAGGAGGAGAAAAAAAUGAAAGCCUUGAUGAAGAAAAAGGGAGUAUUACUCCCAGAAAAGAAUGAAAAGGAAGAAUUAAACCCCGAUCAACCCAGCGGCAAUAAGAGGGAUGAGAAGGAAGAGGGCGGUGCACCAGUGGAGGAGGCAAAAAUGACAACCCUAAACCAUGAAUCAAACAGGAAGGAAAACGCAAGCCAAUCGAAAGAUAACAAGCAAAGUUCCAUACAACAUAAAUCUUCAAGCAUUUUAAAAAAAAAGAUCAAUCCACCCAACUCUUCCGACCUGAAGGUAGACAAAAUGGUGAACAAGCUAAUGAGGCUUAUCUGCUCAGAAUACAAUUCCAUUUUUCAUUUUUAUGAAUGUAUAGACAAAUUCAAUACUGGAUACAUAAAAUACAACGACUUCUUAAAUUUUAUCGCAUCUCAAAAUCUGGAAGAGUUAUUUGAAGGCAGGGACAAUAUGGAAAGUUUGUUCAAGUACCUUUGUGAUGGAAAGGGCAUCUUAACAUUGACACAGUUUUACAUAAGUAUGUACAGAGACGAGGACAUCGACAUGUACUCACUCAAUUUACGUCUGUGCGAAGUGUACGGAAGUAGUUUGUUAGCAUUUAAGAAGAUAGUUCCUCAGUUCAACGCCCAGGAUGAUAGUCUUUGCAGUUUUGCCAAUUUCGAACUAGUGUGCGAUAGCGUAGGGUUGAGUAAAACGAAUAUAAAAAAUAUUUGGGAUGAGAUUAACAUAAUGAAUGAGGAGCAAAUCCCCCUAGAAGUUGUAUUUAGCAUUCUGAAUGGAGAAGUUUUCGUAGAACAAGCCUACGUAGCUUACAAUGAGAAAAAGUCACUGCUAAAUCGGGUUGUUCACUUUUUCCAAGCAAAUGAAGCAGACUUCAUAAAAAUGAGUACCGAAGUGAUGGAAACAAAUUUUAAGAUAAAUUACGAAGAGCCAAUAAUAAUAAAUAAGUGUCAACAUAAAUCUUGUUCUAAUGAAUGUCAAGAAUUGGAAAAACUGUUGCAGCUUGAUAUACAUUUUAAAUACUUAACAUUGGACCAGAGAAAAUUCUUUGCAACAUUAAUGAACCGUAAGAUUAUGAAGUCUGGAGAUGUUGUAACCAAACAAGGGGACAAUGAUGCGCCUAUUAUAUUCCUGUACCAGGGUACUGCAAACAUAAUUAGCCACAACAUUUUUGGAAUUGAAACUGUGAUUAGAGAGAUUGAAAAUGAGGAGUUAUACGGCUGCUACGAAGCUAUUCAAGGGACACCAGCAGAUUAUGAGGUAAAAAUAUGUUCCGACAAUGCUGUUGUUUGGAUCUUAGACAGAUCAUCCUAUAACGACCACUUAAAAGACAUGCUAGAAGAAAGAAAACAAAACUGCUUGCAUAUUCUUGCCUUACUGAAAAAUGUACCCAUUCUGAGAUACCUCCCAGAGGAAACACUUCAAAAUAUUUCCUACGCAAUGAAGGUUGAGCAUUACCAACCUAACCAUACCAUCAUAAAGGAGAAUACACAUGAUGAUAAGUUUUACAUCAUAUGUAAUGGUCUAGCCACUGUUGAAAAAAAUUCCGAAAUUAAUAAAAAUAGACUUAUUCUGUCGACCCUUAGAAAGGCAGAUUUUUUUGGAGAAAUAGCUUUAAUAAAAAAUAUCAGACGAACUGCAAAUGUCAUUUUAGACACACAAACCAUUUUGCUAUCUCUUGUUGAUGUGGAAUUCCGUAGAUUAUUAUCUCCUUACUUUGAUCAAUUUUUAAACAGAGCUAAAGCGAAUUAUAAAAAAUUGCAUUUGGACAUCAAACUCGUGCCCGCGGAAAUUGCCAGCAUUAGCAGCAACCCUAAUAUUGGGAACGUCGUGUUCGGGAGGGGCGCACGGAAAAAGGUAACCAUACAAGGAUUUGAAGAGGGGGACAGCCCUGUGGAGGACCCACGAGGUAAGAAAAAGGGCGAAGUCAGCUUCGUACAAUCUGCUGAGGAAGCACCACUAGAUGAGGAACCAACCGAAGGGAGCAGGAAUAGUCACCAGGGGGAUAGCAGCAAGGGAGGUCACGAUAAACACACUGGCAAGGCCAAGGAUAAGGGGAUGAGCAAAACCAAGAAGGGAAAAGAGCAUGGGUUGCAGGGGGAAGACGCAAAAGGUACUGAAAAGAAGAAAGGGAAAAUAAAAGAGGCACACAAGUGA